GGAAAAACCCGAUUGGCGUGUCUGGAUAAAGGAUAAAUUUAGCUACAGACAUAUUGUGCACAGCGCUAUAGACUUUCAUUCUGUUGGAACUAUAUUUAUGUAUCUAUCUAGAUAUAAAACUAAUUCUCAAGAAAUGGCUGACGAUUGUGAUGGAUGGACAUAGAUUCCAUUUCAACAUCCAGUUUAAGUAGCCUCGAUCUAGAGGUGUCCGAUGAAUUUGUCGAGAGUACACGACCAUUCCUAUUUGAACCAGACGUAGAAGACUUUUAUUUACAUUCACUACAAGCCGACGAAAAGAGUCAGCUUGGCGACUCGGAACCUUCACUCAGCACAUCAGCUGAUCUGGGAACCUUGUUACCAAGCUCAAGUAAAACUCAUACCUCUAACAUUCCAUCAAAAAUAGAAUCUAGAAAGAGAUCCCUGAGAGAGGUUUACAGUGAGACAAUCAAAGAAGAAAUUCGCUGCAAAAUCCAACUCAGGCGAAUUUCUCUGGGACAAGAGGAGCUGAAAGUGGACUUUGCCCAACCUGAACCUACAAUUUGUUAUGACGCUGUGAGAAGCCGAAACGAAAUUCGAGAAAAGAAUAAAAUAUAUGCGAAGCAAUCACGUGACAGGGCCCGUGCUGGUAGACAUAAACUCAUUGAAUCCAACAGAGAACUAACUUCAACAAGAUUAAAACUUAGAGAUGAAAUCAGACGUUUACGGCGAACGCUAAAUAUUUGUGAAGAAUUUCUCAAUCAGCAUCGAACAGUUUGUCAGUAUUCCUAACGACAUUGAUUCGUCUGUGCUUUUAUAGACGCAUAGACCUAUUUUAAAUUAUAUUGUAAUCAUAUGAAAUUUUGAUUACGCUUUCGUGAAAAUGUAUUCUAUUUAUUUGUAUAACAUAGAAUUUGGACCAAUGUCCAUAAAAAGAGACAGACAGUUAAAUAUUCACAUACCUAUAUGUCUAUGUAAAUAUUCAAGUACUUUCUUAAAUCAGUUAAACGAUUUUAAUAUAAGCCUAUUUUUGACUGUAAUAAAAUACAAAUAACAAUGUUUUUCGAAACAAAUGUCUAUGCCAACUAAGAAUUUUUUCCUUUAGAAUAUCAAUAAUGAUUUGUAUUAUUAUUAUCAUCAUAAGUUUUACACAAUUGUACAAAAGUAAAAAAAAAAUAAUAAUAAUAAAUUAUAAUUGCAAAUAAAUCUAUAUAUUAUAUGAUCCAGGUGAACUUGCCUAUAUAUCAACGACUGUCCAACAUUUGAGAUAGAAAUGUACGAAUAUAGACAUAUGUAUACCUAUGUCUAUGUGUACGAUGCUUGAAGUGUCUAUGUUAAUAAUUUUAUCUCCGAGGAAUGAAAAAUUAUUGUGUCUGUUAUUUUUAUCGUUGGUGAAUUUUGUGAACUUAAAUAAGAUGUAUUAAAUAAUAAUGUCGCCCUUCUUAAUUCUGUAGCAUUUGUUAUGCAUUGUUAGCUAAUAUAUUAGUAUUGAUUUAUUGUAAGUUAUAGUUGUAAAUAUAAAAGACGUCACAUUUGGUUGUUAAUAUAUUGUUUAUAUUCUUUCAACAGGUUACUUUGCAUUGAUUGGUUUCUUACUACUAAAUAGGCCUAGGCCUACAGUUUGCAUUGCGCAAUAUUUCUACAUUUUUCUACUAGAUCUUCUACACUACAUGCAUCUCUAGUUAUGAACUCAACCCACUUUGUUCAUACCGGACUAUUAAUUCACACUUUCGUCAUAGUAAAAAAAAAAAGUAAAAUGUGAACAAUUUAUUUUGACAAUUUUUCAUUAUCAUAUUCAGCUGAAAUUUCGAACAUAGGCCUAAACUCGUGCUGCGUAACAAAUUUUUUUUUUAUUAAACUUCACAAAGAUUGCUUCAUUAAUUAUUGAACUUAAUUAUUGAACUGUUUUUUACUUAUCGUUAAAUUAUCUAUGUGAAUCAGGUAAAAGGUUAUUUUGUACUUUUCUUGCAUAUGACCGCCCCCACAAAAAGGUAUAAGAUUCAGUUUUACUGUAUUAUUUGAAGAAGGAGGGAUCGUUUUUUUUCAAUUUGGUUUUUAUCGAACGGAACAAGAUUUCUAUAUGAUACUUAUGGCGGGUAAACUUAGAGGAAGAGUGCUAAAGACCCUACACAAAAGAUACCCUUAAGGCCUUCCAAAGUAAGCUCAUAUCUACUUCUACCCUUUAGUUUCUUUUAUAAAAACAGACUUCACAAAAUGUCUGCAUUUUCUAUAGGAGACCCUGGUAAUAGCUUUUAAAUGGGGAUUUCCCUUAGCUAUCGGAUAACUUAGGAGUAUGUUUAUUUCGUUGCGUGUCUAAGGUGUGUCUAUUUAUAGAUGUCAACAUUGGCUUACUAUAAAAUCAAAGAUAAACCUAUAUCUUGUCGGACUAUAAAAAUCUAUGAUUGGAUAGAUAGAUCUACAUUAUGUACAUUGUAUAUCGCAUUUUAAUUAAGUUUAUCUUUAAAACUUUUUCAACUUGAAAUGUGAUUUUUUUUAUCAUGACCCUUAAAUUCAUAAAGUCAUCUAAACCUAUAAAGCGGCUUGGGCGUCAAUCAAUCUGAUUCUGGCCCAGUGCUCUUUGAUUUUUAGUUUUUUAAAAUGUUUAUUUAUCUUUAUUAUUGAGGAACACGGAACACGAGUCUCGUUGUGCUAAAUGUGACUAUUGUCUCUGCCUCAGUAAAACCACUAAAUUUUUAAAAAAGUCUCCACAACGUAAAGUUUAAAGAAAAGUAGUGACACUAACAAGCCUACUACAGAGUUUUACAAAGAAUAUAUCCCCUUUGUCUUUCUGGUAAAUAGUUUGUACACGUCAUUUCUCCCACACCCAAUCUCGGAGACUCGAUUAAGUUGAAAUUUUGCGCAAUUAUUUCUUGCACCUGAGGUUUAAGUUUUGGCACAUCGGCAAAUUUAGGCCAUGUCGCCUAACAAAAUAAGAACCAAUAUAAAAAAUAACCAGUUAGUCAGUUAACUAAUUAAUUAAAUAACUAGGUGUCGGAGAAAUAAUGUGUACAAACUUUUUACCAGAUAGACAGAGGACAAACAGUGAUGUGAUAUAAGAUUCGUAAAAAACGCAAUAAAAAUAUGUAUACUAAAAAUAAAAAUAAUAAGUAAAAAUAAAUAAAUAAUAAGGCUAUGUCAUCUGCGAAUAGCAGAUCUUCCAGCUUUUGUGUGAAAGUCGUUUAGAUUCCUUUCCCUGAAUUAGAGUAAGCUUCUUUUAGCACCCAAUCCGAUACUAGAAGGAACAGGAGUGGUGAAAGAAGACAUCCCUGUUUGACUCCUGUUGUGACUGGAAACUCCUCUGACAGUUUGCCCCUGUAGGCUACUUAGCAGUUGAAACCAUCAUAAAAGUUUUUGAUUAUUAUUAUUACUUUAUUUGGGUUCCAUUAAUGUCUCAUUACUGCCCAGAUAGAUUUUCUGUCGAUACUAUCAAAGGCCUUUUCAAAGUCGAUAAAUGUUACAUAAAGAGGAGAUUGCCAUUCUACAAUUAUUCUAUGUGUUGCUAUUUGGUCCGCGCAAGAUCUCCCUUUUCUGAAUCCGGCCUGUUCUUCCCUUAAGUGUUCAUCACAUGCUCCCUUUAUUCUGUUUAGUAGGAUUCUGCUGAAAAUCUUGCUUGGUACCGACAACAAAGUGAUGCCUUGCCAUUUCUCACAUUGUGAUAGAUCUCCACUCUUUGGUAGUUUUAUUAGCAAGCCUUUUUCCCACUCACCAGGAGGUGUCUGAUAACCAAAUUUUGUUGAAUAGUUUGUGCAGUUGGUCCGCUAUUUCAAUUCCUACUUUUUGUUUAGGACUUCGGGUGGUAUGUUGUCAAUACCAGUUGCUUUAUUUGACUUCAUUUUUUUUCUCCUUAUGAAGGAACUGAGGCGGGAGCUCCGUGAUCGAGGUCUCAAGACAAUUGGAAAUAAGGAAACCCUAUAAGCACGCCUACGGGAGGAUUUGAUGGAGCAAGAAGCAGAUCCGGACACAUAUCUUUUUGAAGUCGAACCAGAUAUGGAAUAUAUGCAACAACAGAUGGCAGCUGUACUUGAAAAGAUGAAUUCUCAGCAAGAACAGAUGGGAGCUGUGCUCGAAAAUAUUUUUUUGCAAAAGGGGGGGGGGUGAAAGCUGCCUACCAUGGCUCAAAAUCGUAGCCUCAACUUUCUUGUUAUAAUAUUAAAGAAAAGAACUGCCCCCUAUUCGGGCCCUCAUACCUAAUUGAUAGGGGCCUAUUAAGUGCACAGUAAAUACUUUUUUUCAUGAAAUAAAAAAAAAGAACUAAAAACGUGAACAAAAGUAUUCACUGUACACAUUGUUAACUUUAUCCGUGAGGCCCGUGCUUCACUACGUUCGAUCAAACAAAAACUGCAAACGCUGACUGUGGCUGCCGAAACUGUCAAUAAUUUUACUAAUGCAUUGCUUUUCGUCGCGAUGGACAAGCUGGUGAUGAACGCUUAUCCUGCAGUUCUUAUAUUCUUCUUUGCAUUGCAGCUUUUAGGAUAAAGACAAAAAAAGUUGAACUGACCAUUAUUGCUUGAAAAGCGAGAUGUAAUGAAGAAACUUAAGAAUCAAGAUAUGUAACGUAAAGCCGUGUUCUGUAAUAACUCCCAAAAUCCAAACAUGUUGUUUUUUUUUCUCAGUGUGUCUGUCGACUGCGAAUUCUCGGCAGCAGCAACUCAAUAUCCGGAAUCAGGUUUUUCUGCCAGCAGUCUCUACUUCCUCAAUAUGACAUCACUGACGUGUUCCUCGGGAUGGUCAAGUUGCUUUUGAUUAUGUCAUUCAGGAUGUACUGUUGAGCGGCCACUGUGUUAAGUUGGAAAGACUGCAACACCGUGGAAACUGGUUCAAGAACAGAUAUUUAAUGAACGACAAUGAAAAGACAAAUCAGAAACAAGAGGAGAGGCAUUUACUACACAUGUGUAGUUUGUUUGGUUUCACUUGCAGUCGUUAUUUUAAGAUCCGCCAAACAGUCAAAGAUCUCAAAGUUGAAACUUAAAUCUCGUAUGGAUUAGUAUUGUUCAAUUGAUUGUGUCUCACACAAAAGAAGUAAAUUUAGCACCAACGCUAUCGCUAUGGACAGUUACGGAAAAAGAAUGCUAGCCAUCACGGGGCAGCCUUGGCCGAGUAGUUUGUCCAUGUCUAGACUGUACAAUGACAUCACAUGCAGCGCGUCUUUCUGAACCACAGGAACUAAACCAAUGAAGUCGAAUACAAUCGCAAUCAACAAACCGAACACUCAAAGACAUCUGCUCAGUGCCUGAGAUACCUACAAUUUCUUCACUAAAAUACCCAACAAAUGCAGUUAAUUGUUUUUGUUUCUUGCUUCUGCCAGUGCUCCGUUGAUCCAAAUCAAUGUUUUGACUUUUGACUUAGACGUUGUCAUGUGAAGAACUUUCUUGUAUCUCUUCUUUUGUAAACUGGUGGACGUGUUUCACCUGCUAUUUUAUCGACGUCAAUAUAUGUACACUCUUUACAAUGAAACUAGAUCAUUUAUGACAAAUGAGAUAUAAGAUUUCUCCACUAAGGCAAAAAAAAAAAUAUUAAAAACCUUAACUAAAUAUUAUAAAAAGUAAUUGUGGCAGUUUACGUCUCGAGACAAUUUUUUCCCUUUGCAACUUCUUGUGUGACUAAAGAGGCCAAUCCUUUGCACUUUCACCCUUCUUUCUACAACUGUUGUGUAUGACAACUGCAAUCCAGGACCUUUCCUUUAAUGCUAGCUCUUCAUAUGGAUCUAUCCAGUGCCACUUGCUCCCUAGCUGUUAAUGUCGAUUUUGAAGAGCUUUAUGUCGCGUUUGCAUAUAUCAGUAUACCUUAGCAGUGGACGACCAGCGGAACUCCUGCCUUCUGUUAAAUACAGAAUGUCUUCUGAUAAUAUAUCUUGUGGCAUUCAUAAUAACUAAAUAUAUGUGCAAAUGAAAACAAAUCAUCAAGGCUAACAUGCUUUAGAAUAUUUGACACCCUUUUUAGUGCAAAGAAUUACAAGCCUAUAAUAAAUCGUACAUGGUCGGACGUGAACUACAGAUUUGCGUAUUCUAGUUACAAUAAUAGCAUAUCUUUACAACUGUACUUGCAUCCCUCCCCCCUGCAGGCGCCCAUGCUGUUUAGCGAGAUUGUUAUAAAAUAAUCGUUUGUCCUGUCUAAGCAUUUUUGUAACUUAUUAUGAAACUGCCUGGUAGUUUUGUUUGGAUGUUUUGUUUGAGGGUCAUUAAGCUGUCACACCGUGGUAAGAUAUGUGCAUCAGACGACAGAAUACUUAUAUAUAAUCAUGGAAUAUUACCAGAGAAUUUCAAAUUGCUUUUUCAUCUUCAUAAGUAGUUGAGAAAGGCUUCAGGAAUUUAGCCAAUGUUUAAAAAAAAAAAGAAACAAACAAACAAACUGUAAGACAUCACUAACCAAGGGAAUGACGAUUAAACCUGAGUAAAUUAAAACCAAAAAGUGAAAUGAAAUUUAGGCUAUUACCAAAACAUCAUGAAAAUGGGAAAACAGGCCUAGGCCUAUAUGGUACAAAAAAGCUUAUCCGCUGCCGAGGACAAACGCAGACAGCGAAAAGAAAAUCUAAAUCGACCACCUGCGGACAAUGGUUAUGCUUGCCUUAAAUGUGGCAAAAUAUGUAGGUCACUGCUGGGGCUGCGCAUCCACGGGUAAUACUGCAUUCCUCACUAAUCGUCUGACUCGAAGACAAGCCUUAUUAUUAUUUUAUUUUCCACGCCUGAAUAUAACAUUUGUGUAUAGCUGUAUUCUUGUAAGGUUGUGAGACAGAAUCUAGAUCUAGGUCUGUGAAUCUGUGUAGUGUAGAAAAAAUCUGGUCAUUUACUAUUUUGCACAUCCGCUUCCUGACCUACAUAAACAGAAGAGAAUGUUUGUGAUUUCGUGGAUGUAAAUAGAAUUUCUUUCAAUGGCCCCCCACCCUACUUCCUCCCCCCCAUUGUUGGCAACUAAAGCACUACUUCAGUUCUCCGGCUGGCUAAAGGGGUGCAAAUGACUAUUUUUUUCAUCUAGGAGGGCAACACUGGUAAAAGUUUGAGAAACAAUGCUCUAGUGUUUCGGAAAAUACUACAGACACCCAUAGAUAGGAAACCCUUGUGAAUAAUCUACACGUUUGGGCCUCGAGGCCUUUAUCGGCUACAAGCAAAUGAAAAAGAUUUCAACUAUUAAGAUAAAUUAAGCUUUUAGUUAACUCUUCAGUGUUGUUAGUUAACAAGACAAAAAAGAAAUGAGCAUCCACUGAUGUAAAAUUGUGGAAAAUCUGGAAGAGACUAAGGAACUAGAUUUGCAAUGAAGUCUAUGUGAGGAUGGGAGCUUGCUAUUCUAAACAUAUUGAAUCUCAUGAACACAGACCAACUAAAUUACCUAGUUCCAAGCGAAAAAGAAAAAAUGUUGCUGAUUAUACAUCUCCAGAGACUGCCCUUUUAAACACAGAAGAUGGCAAUUUAGAAGUUGUUCACAUACAAAAAGAAAUUUUGCCAUCUGACAAAUCAAAUUCAAAUUAUGUUCCUUCAAGGUCAUCCACCCCUGAAUUGACUCCCAAUAUUACUGUUAAUAUUAAAAAAGGUGAUGGGGGUGUUGCACCAUCUGACAGUGGGAUUGAGAGUAUCGGCAUUGCUCCUGAAGAGAUCCAAGAACCUGUGGCUUCAAACACUGAUCAUGAUGAACUUACAAAGAAAUUGGAGCGACUGAGUCGUGGCUCGUGUGCCAGAUGUGGAAAUUUUAAACUAGAUGAUUCAGCUUUUACUGCGUUGUUAGCUGACACCUAUUGUUCCUGUGGACCACGACUGGCUGGUAGAUCAAACAUAAACCCACAUUGUAAAACACAUGGUCAGAAAAAACAGAUAUCUGCUGAUGGCAAUGAAUGCAGGACGUCAAACCUGAAAAAAACUGCUGAUGUUCAAAAUGCUAAAAGUGUUAGAAUCUCAGUACAGUCAGCAGGCACUUUGUCAUCUGCUGUAAAUGAGACUGAUCUUCUUUUAGACUCCAAUGAUUUCUUUCAGGCUCCUCUGGCUCAUUUUGAUUCUUUGGACAUCAUUGACCACAUGUCACAAAGCAAACAGAAACGAAGAAGUUUGCUGAGUGAAAUUUUAAAUAUAACAGACUCCAUUUGCCGAUGUGACUUUUACUCAAAUGAAUAUUAUUGCUCUGAAGAUAAACAUUAUGACGUUGAUAUGCCAGAAGAAUCUCAUUCUCCUUUGAACGACUCCUCACUGGUCUCAGGUGGUAAAACUUCAUCACAGUCACACAUGAACUGCUACAAUCCAAAUGACCAAUUCAGUAAAUGCCAAGUGGAGUCACUUCAAGAAGUCAUCUCAAACAGCAAAAAAAGUGCCAGCUUGCCAAAAAAUGUUUCAUUUGCAGCCCAGAAUUCCAUAGAAAAGGAAAUAUCUUCUAAACCUAGAAUGUCAGAAGAAUGUUGUAUAUCACAGGAAGCUUGUGCAUUAGAAGCAUCAUCUGGGAUUUUAACUCACAACAGUACUUCUGAUCCACUAUUAAGUAAACUCUCAGCUAAAGGUAACCACAAACGAACAUUGUCAUUAAACAGUCAAGGUGCACUCUUGAGUGAUUCUAGCAGUGAAGUUCUCAAUAACUUUACAGAGGAAGAUUUGGUGAGUCUAGAUCUGGAUAGUGUGGCUUCACUUUCACAUAACAGCCUCAAGUAUCUUAUUGACAGCUCUGAAGACCUGGCUUCAUCAACCCAAAGUGUGGACAAAAUGAGGUUUGAGGGUGUUGACUAUCUAUUGAUUCCUCAGAACAUUUAUCACCAGAUUCAAUCUGAUCUUGGAAAUCUUAAACAGCAGCUGCUCAACCUUUCCACUUUAAUCCAAGAGGACAGUGAAGACCAAUGAUGUUAUCAGUGUUGAAAGAACUUGUUGUCACAGGAUCACAGACUGUUCAAUUAUUUGGCAUAAACAAACUCUGAACAAACUGUUUAUUGUCUUUUUCUGAAUCACUUAAUAAAAAAAAAGAAACAUGUUUGAAUAUAUGUGCCUACUAAUUGGUCUGCAAGUAAAAUUAGCUUAUUAUUAUUCUAGAUGCAAAAUAUUAUGUAAAAAGAAUUCAGAUUUUUUAACAUUAAGAAUUUUUUUAUCACUUUGAAAUUCUGAAUGUUAAAAUGUCUUUUAUUAUUUUAGAGCCAAUUACAGUAGAUUUAAUCAGAAAUUGCUGUCAUAAUAUUGCAUACUUUUGUUAUAUAGCUGUAUACUUGACUACUAUUAGAUUUUUUUCAUCUCACGUGAAAGGCUUAAUUCUGCUUCUUUAAAACACAUUUAUGUAAGUCAAAAUCUUCUGUUUUGCAGAUUAAAAUUACAAAUUAAUAUUAUUUCCAUUAAAACAGUGUUUUUGUACUUAUUGUUUUAAUUGAUAAACUUUUAAAUUUUUGGGUUAUAUUAUUGUGCUUAUAAAGAAUAAGAUAUGCUAGAAUUUGUACAUAAUGUUUUAGGUAGGUCAAAUGAAAACAAAAUUUGGUAUGAAAAUAUUUAGUAAAUUGAAGUAAAGGAAUCAAUUGCUUUGUAUGAGUAUUUCACUACUUACCAUGAUCCCUUUUAGACCUUGUUGAUGAAAGACCAUUUUUUUUUAAACAAAAGUCUUCCACUUUUAUAAUUAAGAUAAUUAGUACCAUUAGCACUUGAUCUGUGUUCAUUGCAUCCUAUAUUACUUAGUUAACCAAUUUGUUUGUAACACUGUUGUAUUUGCAUCAAUAAGUUUAAGAUAUCAAUUAUAGAAGUAUUGAGACAGAGAACAUACCCUAGACUAUUUGGUCAAUUUAAGCCUUUGUAGAUGAAAAGAGGAAAUUGAGAAUAUAACAACAAAUAACAAUCAAGAAAAAAAAGGUAUAACUUGAAUGGUGAUUUUAUCCUUAGUCAUAACUCCCAUUCUUCAAAAAAAAAAAAUGUCAGAGAUCAAAAUUUACAUUGUUAAUUUCGUUAGCUUAUCAACCCACACAAUUUUAAGGUUGUUUUUUGUGGGUUUUUUUAAUAGAAAUUCUCUAUGUAUGUAUUUGCUGUUACUCCUAUAUUUGAACAAAAUGUUCACAUAUUUGUUAGUGGGCUGUUUAGAUUGGUUCAAACAGCUGUGGUUGUGUUCAUGAUGGCAUAUUGACAUUCAAGCAAUAUUUAUUUAUUAAUGUGUUAUUCAAAUGUUAAACUAUUAAGAUUAACUAAAAACUAAAUGAAAUAUCUUGUUAAAACUGCCAGGUUAUUUAUCACAUCUGCAUAUCAUUCAAUAUACAGCCUAUAUCAGUAUUGUUAUCCAUAUCAAGCAUUCCUCUUAUUUACUUUUCAGCAAUAGUCAAUGAAUUUUUUGUACCAUUGAAAUAAAAGUGUGUGUAUGGAUACUGUUUUUGAUGUGAAGCUUUAAACCAGAAUCCUGUCUCACUGUGCAGACAUUGUAUUGAGACUCUUGCUUCUUUUACUAUUUUGGGCAACAGUUUUCAUUUAGAAGUAUUCAUUCUUGGAGUAAAACAAAUUUCUUAUCAUCAAACUAUGUGCAAUCAUUUUAUUUAUUGAAUAUUUUUAUAUACCACUUUUGUUUUCUCCUUUUGUUGUAAAUAUCUUACAUGUAUCAUUUUAACUAGUCUUUAAUUCAAAAUAAAUUUUAAGGAUCUAUGAUAAAAAUUCAGUUAUUUUACAAAACAUUUAUAUUCAUCAAGACUAGAACAAGGAAAACCACAGCAGUCCAUGUUUUGAAAUCAGUCUAGUUAUUGUGCACUUGAUCAAUUAAUAAUAUACAUCUAUUUCAAUUUUUAGAAAAAAAAAACAAGCAAAAAAAUAAUAACAUUUUCAUUUAUAAAAUCUAAAAACUAAUCUAUGAUAAAAAUAGGAACAUUCUUGUCUUUUCAUAUUAUUUUCGAAAGGUUUAUCUGAAUAUUUCAUUUAAGUUGUGAGUGCUUUGUGUUUAUUUUGUACUUCACUGGUCACACAAACAACAUAUCACAUGUAGUUUUAAACAGAAUUUAUAAUGGACCAAAAUGUAAUUAGUUUUAUGUUUAGUAUUGGGUGUGUUUUUUUUUUUUACUUUACAUUUUCAUUUUUUUUCACUGGCUUUGUUUAAUACAAUUUAAGUGUGAAUGUCAAUAGUUCUAUGGUAUUCAUUUCAACGGUUCAUAUCAUGGUCUGCCAUCACCUGUAUCCUUUAGGAGAUUUGGGCAAAAGGUUGUAACAAUCCUCUAUCUAGAAUAAACAUAUAUAAUUUGUACGACAUUUCUUUUUUUAUCACUAGUCAGUUUUCACGAAACAAUAAAGUGGACUAGGUUGUGAUUUUUUUUUUUUACAUCUUCUAUGUCCUCAAACAUUGUACUCUUAUUUUCUCUACUCUUAUGUUACUCCUUAAAGAAGAAUGAAGUAUACUUGUAGGAUAAGCUACUUUACAAUAAGGAAUUAGGUGGGUAAAAGUUAAGAUUUAUUUUCUUUGUGUAUUUCCUGGUUAGGUUUUUUUAUAGUGACAAUAAAGUCAUAAGAAAAGAAAGAUUAGAAUUAGAUAUGAAAUAAAAACAGUUCAUAUAUUAGCGUCUUUAGAGACAGUCCAGUUUUAUUAAUCGAGAAGUUUUUGGACAUAGUUAUUUGAUUGGCAACAUGACAUAGACGUCAGAUUAAAUGUUUGAAUCAUCAGCACUCUUUGAUUGUCUCAUUGCAUUGUUAGACUUUGGCUUGUGUUCAGUUGGUUAGCUGGAAUUAGUUGUUACCUUUGCCUGAACAGAGUCAACACUCUUCUCAAGACUCAGCGAAGAGCUUGUUAACAAUAUUGAUGUACUUAUCAUUUUUUUUAAGUGGUAGUUUUCUGACAAAAUUACAUAACAAACCAAUGCUGCAUAUUGACCAAACUCACUUCAGCUGAUUUUGUUUUAAGUGAAUCAUUAAGAUGACUUUGUCUCCAAGAGUUCAAUGAGCUGUAGGCAUGUAUGUUCUUAGAACGCUUAGUAAACGCUUACAAUGGAAGGACCAGAUACUUUUUGUUUUCCAUGUGAAAUUUUAAAAUGCUUGCUCCUUUGUACCAAAUGAACUAUAUCAGUACAAAAUAAAUGAAAGAAACUUA